AUGUCUGCGCCGUCAAGCUCCGGUUACCCCGAUGUUCGUGCGGCGUCUGCACUGGUCUCCACCAUGCUGUCGCGCCCGUCCUAUCUCAGUCCUUUUGCCCUCGAUUGCCUGGCCAAUGCUAGCGAUCGAGGGGGCCCUAUCCCACCCAGCUCCCCAACGCUGCCAGUGGGCGACGCAUCCCAUCUCCCCGCGCCCACCCCCGUCUCGCAAGACAGCAAUACCACCAUUGUCUCAGCUCACGCUGUCUCUGAAUACGAGAAAGUAACCUACUACAACGGCAUCGCCGAGGAGGGCGAACACCCUGACCUCCUAUACCGUACCGGAUCGGAUAAGUAUCCCUGGAUCAAGCCCGCAGCUGACAGACAGGACCACCUGCCCACCAAGUCGCUUCGCCAAGUCCACGGCACCCCGCUCAACAAGGUUUGGAACACUGUUGGUCUCCAAGUUUGUGAGCUGGUGAAAAGCGCUGUGGGGACUCGCUUCUCCAUCGAUCCUGCCCGCUUCGCCACCUGCAUCCAUGGACAGGAAGGGGAGAGCACUCUCGGUCCCGUUGUAAUUUGGGUUGCGGUCUCUCCCGGCUCUACCUCGGCUGACACUGCCCACGAAGCCUCCCUGGCCAUCCUCGAACUGCUCUGGAAGAAUGGGAUUAAGGACGUGGAAGUCGAGUGGUGUGAGGCAGUCACAUUCAGGAUGGGGGAUCCAGCCAGGGGCGUCUGGUGA